AUGAAGUUGCGCAGAGUUUCGUUACCAUUACGGCAACUGCAACAGCAAAACAGACGAUAUGCCUCCAGUCAACGGGCAAGCGCAUUAGAUUGUCGGCCUAGCACAUUGCGUCCACAGGCACGUAGCUGCGUCUGGCCGCUCAGAAACUCGAGCACGCGAGCAAGCCGCCCGUACUCGACCACCGUUUCUGCCUCGGCCUUGCUCUUUGGCCAGCCUGUCCACGAAACGCAUCCACAUCUCCUCGCGCCUGGGGAGAUCACCCCGGGAAUCACAGCACAAGAAUACCACGACCGACGCUCCAAACUCCUCGCCGCCUUGCCUGCAGGGUCGGCAGUCCUCUUGCCCUCCGCUCAGGUCCAAUACCGAUCGGGUGCAGUCUUUCACGCCUUCCGCCAAGAAAGCAACUUCCUUUACCUUACUGGCUUUAGUGAGCCCGAGUCACUGACACUGAUCGUGAAGACGGGUCCGGGCGAAGGCGAUUUUAUAUUCUAUCUUUGGUGCCGGCCAAAGGAUCCCAAGCAGGAGCAGUGGAAUGGACCCUGGAGUGGUCUAGAUGCCGCAAGAGAUGUUUGGAAUGCAGAUGAAGUCGGAGACAUCGGAAGGCUGGACAAGGAGCUCGCCAUUGCGCUGAAGGGCGUACAAAAGAUUUACACCGAUGCCGAGCUGACCAAGUAUGGCGUCCCUACCAAGCUUGGAAACACCUUGCGUGCUGCGGCAUCUGGAGUUGCCACGGCACCAUUGCGACCAUGGAUCAAUGCGGAACGAGCGAUCAAGUCUCCAGCUGAGAUUGCCUGUAUGCGCCGCGCUGGCCAAGGCUCUGGGAGGGCUCUGACCAAUGCUAUGCGCAGGCAUUGGACAUCUGAAAAGGAUCUCGGCGCCUUCCUAGACUACGAAUACCAUAAAAAUGGCCUCGACGGAUCCGCUUACAUUCCCGUCAUUGCAGGAGGACAAAAGGCGCUGCUCAUUCACUAUGUUCUCAACAAUGGACUACUGAAAGACGAUGAGUUCGUCCUCGUCGAUGCUGGCGGCGAGUAUGGCACAUACAUCACAGACAUUACUCGAACAUGGCCCGUGUCGGGCAAAUUUACACAAGCACAACGAGACCUUUAUGAAGCCGUGCUCACAGCACAACGUUUUAGCAUCAGCAUGUGUCGAGUCAACGCCAACGUCACACUGGACAAGCUCCACAGUAUUACAGAAACGGCACUACGGAACGAGUUGCAAAAGCUAGGCUUUGAACUUGGCGGCAAUGCCAUGAACAUUUUGUUCCCACACCACGUUGGACACUACAUUGGUCUUGACGUUCAUGAUGUGCCCGGAUACUCCCGUGGCAUCACUUUACAGGAAGGGCAUUGCAUCACGAUCGAACCUGGAGUCUACGUGCCCGAUGAUGACAGGUGGCCUAAAGCAUUCCGUGGACUAGGCAUCAGAAUCGAAGACAGUGUUGCAGUCGGGGAGGAGAAUCCUCUUAUACUGACUACAGAAGCUGUGAAAGAAGUUGUUGAUAUCGAGGCCUUAAGAGACUAA